AGUGAACUCCCCGAAUUCCGUUCAUGAUGACCUCCACGCAAAACGCGCUUAUAAAUUGACAAGAAGAUGUGUGAAUCUUGUUCAACCUCUUCUUCCAUCAAUCCAUCACAAACACAAUAAAGAUCAUCGGGAUGAGUGGGAAAAGGUUGAACAAACGUCAGUUGAGAGAGCAGCAAGAGUUGGAGGCACUAGGACAAAGCUCGAAAGUUGAAGAUUCUCUAGAGCAAGAGAACAAAACAGAAAAGGAAACCAAUGAUGAUCCUGAAUCAGAGGAAGAAGAACAACCAUCAAUACCACAUACAGGAGGAGCUGGUAUAUUUGCUCAAUUAGGAGGAGCAGAAGAUAUCGUGGAGAAAAGCUCAGACGACGAAGGACAAGAUGAUAUCACAGUCAAUGCAAAGAAGUCAAAGUCAAAAAACAAGAAAAAGAAGAAGAAGCCAACCGCUAACAAGCAAGAGGAUGGUGUAGAGAAAGACGAGGGCGACAAGACGAAAGAGGAGACUGUUGAUACACCUGAACCUUCGAUACCAAGCAAGAGUAGUAAAAAGAAAAGCAAAAAGCCCCCUUCGGCCGCAGCCACUAAGCCCAAGAAGGAAGUGUCGGAUAUGUCUAUGGAUGAAUUUUCCGCUCUGUUGGCUUCGCAAGCUGAAUUGAACGAGAAGGAUGCCAGUGGAUCAGCUCCAACAGCUACGAUUACACCAGCAGGACCUCUUUCAUCUUUGCGCUCCCAUCUUUCCCUCUCAGCACCGGCACUUGAUCCAGCUGUUGAACUCAAGAGGCAAUUUGGAGCAGCAGCAAUCAAAGCAUACGAAAACGAAGCAGGAGGAGGUCAAGGAGGCGCAGCAUCUUCAGGUGCACGAGCAAGAGCACAAGCAUACAAUACCAAUUUUAAAGUACGUAAUUUGCUCGUACAGCCAAAAGAUACUUGGCCACCAAUUGCAAGAACAUUUACAGGUAUGACGAUGGAAGUGUUUGACGUGGAAGGAAGAGGAAAGGUUGGUGGUUGGGUACACAGUCGGGCAUACAGGAAAGCACAAUUUCAAUUCUUACAAGCAGUGCAAUCUUAUGAACCGAAUCAUUUGAUGGGAUUGAUGCGUAUGUAUCCUUGGCACAUCGAUACGCUUUUGCAAUUGUCUGAUGUUUCACGUCAUCAAGGUGAUUUGGGACAAGCAUCGGAUUUCAAUUCAAGAGCUUUGUUUGCGUUCGAACGAACUUCAGCUCCCAUUUUCACCUCAAGUUUGACUUCUCACUUAGGACCACCAAUGCUUAACUUUGCUCGAAUUGAAGAUCGUGGUUUCUGGCUUGCUAGUCAUCGUAAUGUGAACUUCUUGGGAAGGAGAGGGACGUGGAGAACUGCACUAGAAUGGGUCAAGCUCAUUCUCGGUCUUGAUCCUACAAGUGAUCAUCAUGGAAUGCUGUUGUGGCUUGACUUCUUGAGUAUCAAGAGCAAGCAACACUCUUGGUUCUUAGACUGCUUACAACGAUUGGAAGCAGCUGUAUCAAAAGAGAUGGAGGAGUAUAGCGUGCCUAUCCUCAACGCAAAGACUCCAUUUGAUGCAACCGAUAAAGCCAUUGUAGGAGAAGCAGAAAGUUGCAGAGGAGCUCUUGACUGGUAUGUAGGUUUGGGAUAUGCAAAAGCAUUGGCUUUACGUGCAGAAGAGAAAGAGAAAGGAGGUGAAGACAAAACAAAUGCGACAAAGAGUACAGCAGCUUUACGUCUAGCAAUUUGCCGUCAUCCUCAAUUGAUUCCUAGCUUGUUGGAAAAGAUUGGCGUUUCGAUGCCUGAAGGCGUGUCAAGCUCACAUCCAAUCUUCAUGUUCCCGACUGCCGAAGGGGAUAGUAUGCCUGAGCUUUUGACACACGUAUACGUCUCAAGAUCAGAAUCACUCUGGCGUGAGCCGGGUAUGUCUAGCUGGCUCACAAAGACGAUCAAAGAGGUAUGGCCAAGUUUGGAGAAAAGCUUCGAGUCAAAUCAAUGGAAUCGUGCUUGCGUGACGUAUGAAAAGGCAAGGCUGUCAAUCUACAGACAUGUUCUCGUUUCUGAUUUACCCGAUGCUUUACGUCAAACUUUGAUCGGACUUAUGCCAAAAGAAAUUACUUCAGAUAGCUCAAAAUUGAACGCAUUUGAUCCUUUACCUCCACAAGGAGAAGGUACGACAUCGUAUGAUGAUGAAUAUUUCGCAGCAAUGCGAUCAAGAAGAUAUGGCGCUGGAGCAGAUGAAGAUGAUUAUGUCGAUAUGGAUGGUCCUGCAGCGGCAGGAAUGAUGGAUAGAAUGAUGCAAGCUUUACGUGGCAUUCGUGGAUUAGAAGGAUGGGGAGCAGCGAUGGAACAAAUGGAUGAUGAAUCAAGACAAGAUGUUAUGGCACAAAUCAUGGAAAUGGCAGCUCAAGGACAAAAUGCCAGAGAAGGUGCAAUGCCCGGAGGAUUAGACGUUCCAGAGCAAGAAGGCGAAGAUGGCAAUCAAGCCGGUCCAAAUCCGGGUGCAUUCAAUGCCUUGCGUGGCUUCCUUGAUAGGAUGUGGGGAACACAACCUGGAGAAGCUGUAGAGGAUGAAUUAGAGGGAGAAGGAGAGAGUGACGAGGAGCACCACUAAAAGUACUUAUAGCAUCAUCCGUACACUAACCACAAGAUGUAAUACCCAAAUUCAUGUCUAAUAGAUACAGUGCAAGUCUGAAACUUUGAAAUACAGCUUAAGCCACUGUCCGAUUUUGCUUCUCACGAUAAGAA